AAUUUCCAGAUUUAAUUUUUUAGAAUUUUGGCUAAAUUGUAUACUAAGAAAAAAAUCUAUUUGAUUAUUUUAGAAUUGUACUAAAAAGCUGUUAAUUACACUACAUCAGAAUUACUGUGACACCAUGUUCAUGAAAGCAACAUUUGUAGAGCUUGUGAAAUAUAAAUGGCUGCAACAGGAGAAUUUGAGCAUCUGUCUGCAGAGUCUUCGCUUCGUGUUUGCUUUAGAGCUUACCUUAUGGCCAAAAACAUCCUUCUCAAUGUCAUCUCAGUACAUCAUUACAACCUGAGUGUCAACAUGGAACCUGCUUAUAGCACACACACACCCCUUCCCUCGCUAACGUGCCUGUUUCCAGUCAAACUAGACGGGCCACAUUCUGUCUGCUAAAAGCCAUAAAGCCACAUACCAAUGCAAGUCAAAGUAUCGGCUGAGGAACACCGAGCCAGUCCCAUUUGAUGUUGGUGCAUUCAGCUAGUAGCUGUGUAUGUGGACUGGCACUUUCAAGGACUUACCGCAACUCUUCAUUUGGAAAUAAUUUGUAUGUGUAAACUUUUAUGAAGUGUUGAGUGAGAUGGAGGGAACCCAACAACUUGUUGUCCAUGUAGGAUCUGAGCGUGUCUGUCAAAUGGAGAAUAUGAGGGUAGAGAGUCUGGCGGAGGCGUCGGAGAGAAAUGCACCACAGAGGGUGCUCUUCACGUACUACCAGGGGGACAUCAACAGUGUGGUGGACGAGCACUUCUCACGCGCCCUCAAAAAGGCCAAUCUCCCCAAAGACCUCAGCAUCAAAGCCGGCUCUCCCAAAGACCCCCAAGUCAGCAAGCCACGGAGCAGAACCAAAGCUAUCAAAACAGAGCCACCCACCUCGACAUGGAACCCGUCCAGCCCAGAUUGGUCCAAGAGCCCUUUUCCCUCCAGUUCUGGCCUGGCCCAGUUCUCGUCGGCCGAGAGCCCGGUUGCCUCUCAGGGUGUAAUCAUGGGCCCAGGUGUGUGGAGCUACCCCAACGGACCAGGCGCGGGCUUUGACGUGACCCGGCUCUACCAACUGCCGGGCCCCGCAGAGAGCUCCUCCGGCUCCUUCCUCAGCAUGCUACACAUGGACCGUCCAGCAGGGGGAGUACUCAUGGAUUCCAAGGUGGAGAGUCCAGGCUGGGAUUCACCUUCUGCUUUCAGAGACUCAGUGGGCAACAGGAUCAGCCUAGACUCAGGUGUCCAAGUGCCAGAAAAGACCAAGGACUUGUAUUGGUACUAAAAGAAGAGCCACCUUUUUUCCUUUGUGGGGAGGAUUUAUUUUGACGUUACGGACAUGGGCAUCAAUAAGCUGUUAUCCCACACUGCCCAUUCAGCAGAGAGGCUGGGAGAAUCAAGCCUAAAAAAUGGACUGAUUUGCAACACACAAAGAACGUGGAUAUCCCAGAUCCUCUCUGUGGGUGUAUCUGUCUCUCUAACAGUCACAGUCACAAUACGGACACGUCGUGUUCCUCAGAAAACCUGUUAGGGGAAAGUUUGUUGUUACACUAUGUGCAGGCUCGCCAAGACAUGUGAUGCAGACAUGGAGAUUGGCCUGAAGGCACCCUGGAGGGACUGGGAUGAUGGGUACUGUCAUGGACAAAGACUCCACAGUUCUGCCAGUGACUGACAUGUCCUCACAAGUCCAUGCACAGCUUAUGCCUUGUAUUCAACUCAUCUUGAACACUCUUAGUAGUGUAGUAGUCAUUGUUGGUUAUUCAUCUUUUUCCUUCCAUGCCGUUUUUUUAAGAAUGCUGCAUCACAUAUUCACUUUUCAUUCUCUUUAUCUAUAGACAGUUAGAGAUUAGGUUAGUGGCCAUAUGAGUGCUUAGGUUCCCUAAGUAUGAUCAUGUUGUUCAUACAUAAACAUGCUGUUAACACAUUAUGGAUAGUGAACAUUAGGCACAUUACUAAAAAGUCAGAAUUGUUUAAUAAUUAAUAUCUUAUAUUCCUCGUAAAAUAGCAUUUUUUACAUAAUAGCCAUUGAGUUUAUCCCAUGAUAAACUGAUGAUAUACAGUAGGAGGCAAACUGUGAAUAUUAAUAUUUUGCCGUCGUAUGCAACAGAAAACAUGGAUAGUUCUUUAUUUGAUUUACAUCUGUAGUUUAUAUCUCCAGGAAAGUCCCAGUGUUAGGGUAAAAUAAGAACUUACACAAAUACACACACAUACUAUACAUACGCAUAAAAUACUCAAUUAAAAUCAGUAGGGUCGGAUAUGUGAGAUUUAACAAUUAUUUUAAUGGGAAAGUGGUUCUGACCAAUAAAUGUCAUCCCUUGAUAUAUGUUUUUCCCUUUAUUUUGUAGAAACCUAAACUUAGUCUUGAAAGCUCAUUGGAUACGAAUUACAACACAAUGUUCUGAUAUGGAUUAGCAUAUCAAACGAAUAAUGAUUGAAUAAAGAAUAAAUAUUACAACUAAUACAAAUGUUA